CCCCCCGUCCCGUCCCGUCCCGGAGCGGCGCAGCACCGGCCCCUCUGCCGCUCUCGGCCCGGAGCCGCCCGGUUCGGCCCGGUGCAGCCCGGAGCGGCCCGGGGAGGCUCAGCCCGGUCGGUCCCGGUGCCGCCCGGUUCGGCUCGCUUGGUCCCGGCCCAGCUCGGUGCCGCCCGGUUCGGCUCGGUUUGGCCCGGUGCAGCCCGGUUCGGCACGGAUGGUGCUGGCCGGGGGGGGCCGAGCAGCGCCGUGAGCCCCCAGGUGUCCGCAUGGCCCCCCGCGGGAUGCGGCCCGGGACGCCCUUUCUCCUCCUCCUCCUCCUCUUCCUCGCCGCCACCGGGCGCGCCGGCGUGGUGGAGGUGCAGCCCAGCGUGACGGCGGUGCUGGGCCAGGACGUGGUGCUGCCGUGCCGGUACCGGGCGCAGGAGCAGGAGCAGGUGGUGCAGGUGACGUGGCUGAAGCGGGGGCCCGAGGGGACGCGGGCGCGCCUGGCGGUGCUGGACCGGCAGCACGGGGAGCACGUGCAGGAGCCGUACGCCGGGCGGGUGCUGCGGCGGGCGGCGGGCGGCGAGCUGGAGGACGGGGCCAUCGUGCUGCGCAACGCGGUGCAGGGGGACGAGGGCGACUACGAGUGUCACCUCAUCACCUUCCCCCGCGGCAGCUUCGAGGGGCACCUCACGCUCAAGGUGCUGGUGCCGCCGCUGCCCAUCCUGAACCCGGGGCCGCCGCUGGAGGAGGGCCAGGGCCGGACGCUGGCGGCCUCGUGCACGGCGGAGGGGAACCCGGUGCCCUCGGUGCGCUGGGAGACGGAGGUGCGUGGCACCAACGCCACGCGCCGCUCGGCGCACGCCCGCUCGGCCUCCGUCACCAGCGAGUUCUUCCUGGUGCCCGGGCGCAGCAUGAACGGCAAGAGCCUGACCUGCGUGGUGGAGCAUCCCGGCCUGCGCCACGAGAAGAGGAUCACCCACCUGCUCAGCGUCGCCUACCUGUCGGACGCCUCGGUGCUGGGACACACGGACGAGUGGCGUGAGGGGAUGGAGGGGGCAGCGCUGACCUGCCUGGGGGACGGGAACCCCCCGCCCACCUACAACUGGACACGGUUGGAGGCGCCGCUGCCCGCAGGGGUGCGGGUGCGGGGGGACACCCUGCUGUUCCAGCGGCCCCUCACCGCCACCGACGCCGGCGCCUACGUCUGCCGCGUCACCAACCGCGUGGCCACCAAGGAGGCGCGAGCCAACGUCAGCGUCAAGGGCCGCGCGGAAGAUGACACAGUGCGCAAGGUGGACCUGGUCUCGGCCUCGGUGGUGGUGGUGGGUGUCAUCGCCGCCGUCCUGCUCUGCGUCCUUGUCAUCGUUGUCGUUGUCAUGACCCUUUACCACAAGCGCAAGACCAAGCGCAUCUCCGAGAAGUACGAGGAGGAGCUGACGCUCACGCGGGAGAACUCGAUCCGGCGCCUGCACUCCAGCCACAGCACCGACACACGCACACAGCUGGAGGAGACGCUGCAGCUGCGCACGGAGAGCCGGCAGGGCAGCCGGCAGGGCAGCCUGCGUGGGGACAGCCUGCGUGGGGACAGCCUGCGCGGCACCAGCAUCUGCUCCGCCAUGAGCGAGGAGCCCGAGGGCCGCAGUUACUCGACGCUCUCGACCGUGCGGGAGAUUGAGACGCAGACGGAGGCGCCGGCGCUGCCGCUGCUGCCGCUGCCGCCAGGGAAGGAGCCCAAGGAGGAGGAGGAGGACGGCGGUGGCGGCGCUGGGGACAGGGACAACCCCAUCAAGGUGGCCAUGACGCACUUCGUGCAGGAGAACGGGAUGCUGCAGGCGCGGCCCAGCACCAACGGCAUCUACAUCAACGGCCGCGGCCACCUGGUGUGACCGGGCUGGCCUGGGGGGACACCCGGGGACCCCCUGUGUCCCCCCACUGCUCCGCCGCCCACCGGGCUGGCUCCGGUCCCCGGGUGUCACCCCGCUGCUGGCACAGGCUGGGGACACGCGUCAUGCCUUAGGACAGAGUCCCCAAAUGUCACCUCGCUGCUGACACGGGGCUGGGGACACACACAGUGCCCCGGGACGGGCUCCGGUCCCCAAAUGUCACCUUGCUGCUGGCACAGGGCUGGGGACACACACAGUGCCCCGGGACGGGCUCCGGUCCCCAAAUGUCACCUCGCUGCUGGCACAGGGCUGGGGACACACACAGUGCCCCGGGACGGGCUCCGGUCCCCAAAUGUCACCUCGCUGCUGGCACCGGACACGCAAAGAGGUGACAGCAGCAUCCAGGACUGGCGGGUGCUGGAGCCACCGAGGCCACCCACCAACAUGGGGACACCCCAAGGACAGGAUGGCGACAGGAGCCCCCAAACAUCCCUCGGACUGUGGUGGCUCCUCCCGCGCGGCGCUGGGGACACGGUUUGCCGGUGGCACUUGGGACGCUUGUGUCCCCUCCCUGACCCCGAAACCCCCCAAAAACCCCUCCCCUUCCCCCCAACCGCCGCGGGACCCCCCCCGGUGGGGGCUGUUGGGGGGUCCCUGGGGCCAUCGCGCCCCAUGUGUACAGAGCUGUAUAGGACGGGGCCCCCCUGGCGGAGCCGCGCUUGUAAAUAAACCCCCGCGCGGGGCCUGGGGCCGUG